AUGCUGUUCCAGACCACUUUCGUACUGCUCGCACUUCAGGCGAGUAGCGUGGUAUCUGUGCCUUUAAAACGACGAGCAAUUCCCCUCGCAAACGAAACAUUCGAUUAUGUAGUUGUUGGUGGCGGUACUGCUGGAAGCGUGAUCGCGACGCGAUUAGCAGAGAACCAUUUCGAUGUUGCCUUGAUCGAAGCCGGAGGACACUAUGAGCUUGAGUCUCUGGCUGAAUUUCCUCCAGCUGAUGUUUUGCCUACGGGAUCAGAUCCAGCCUCUAGCUCACCGGACGAUUGGGGCUUUGUAACAAGAGAUCAGCCGGGUGUUAAUAGGCGGGCAAUUCAUUUCGCCCGAGGAAAAUGUCUUGGGGGAUCUCCUACACGCGAGUCUAUGGAACUAUGGGCAACUACAGUCAAUGACAGCAGUUACAGAUUCGACGAAGUGCUCCCGUUUUAUAAGAAGAGCGUCCAGUUCACGCCUCCAAACACCGACUAUAGAGCUCAAAAUGCCUCCGCUGACUACGAUUACGAUGCCUACAACUCGGACGGUGGCCCGUUGCAGGUGUCAUAUGCUAACUUCGCCGAGCCUUUCUCGUCAUGGAUGAGUCUCGGCAUGGAAGCUAUUGGCAUCCAUCAUGUAGAGGACUUUAACCUGGGUACUAUAAUGGGAGCUCAGUAUUGCGCAUCGACCAUCAACCCAUCCAACGAGCUCCGAAGCAGCUCCGAGGAAUCUUUCCUAUCCAAGAUCACGCCGGACUCACUAACGACUUACGAAAACACUCUUGCCAAAAAGGUAGUUUUUGAUGAAAAGAAGAAAGCAAUAGGAGUUCAAGUGAAAGGUCCGCUGGGCAAUACUAUCACCCUUUCGGCAUCGGAAGAGGUGAUUCUCUCUGCCGGUGCCUUCCAUUCCCCUCAGCUCCUUAUGGUGUCCGGCAUUGGCCCUGUCGACGAAUUGAAAGAGCAUGGGAUUGAUAUUAUAGCCUGCCGACCAGGGGUCGGUCAGAAUAUGUGGGAUCACACGUUCUUUGCUCCUUCAUACCGAGUGCGGGUGACAACAUUCACUGAAUUUGCUACUAACCUGCUAUACGCCGCUGACCAAAUUGUCGAAGGCCUACUCAACAAAAAUGGAUUCUUGACAAGUCCAAUCGCAGAUUUCCUAGCCUGGGAGAAGAUUCCGCGGUUCUUGCGCUGGGCUUUCUCUCAGAAAACGCAGAUUGAACUGGCCAAAUUCCCAUCCGACUGGCCCGAAGCAGAGUACAUCUCUGGCGCAGGGUAUGUCGGCAACGCGUCAAAUCUCCUGACAAUCCAACCAAAAGAUGGAUACCAGUACGCUUCGAUACUCGGUGUUCUGAUUACACCUAUGUCCCGAGGAAAUGUCACUUUGAAGUCAGCUGAUACCUCAGACCUACCCGUGAUCAAUCCCAAUUGGCUCGAUGAUCAGGCUGACCAGGAAGUUUCCAUUGCCAUGUUCAAGCGAAUACGCCAGGCUUUCCAGAGUAAAGCCAUGCAGCCCGUGGUCAUCGGCGAGGAGUACAAUCCCGGGCCACAGGUCCAGUCUGAUGAUCAGAUUCUCGAAUUCGUCAAGGAUAAUGUGAUGACCAUAUGGCAUCCGAGUUGUACUUGCAAGAUGGGGGCUUCCAGUGACGAUAUGGCUGUGGUAGACUCCCAGGCCCGGGUUUAUGGAGUAGACGGACUUCGCGUGGUUGAUGCUAGCGCCUUUCCUUUCCUUCCUCCUGGUCAUCCUCAGUCGACGGUCUAUAUGCUUGCUGAGAAGAUCGCGGAUGAUAUCAUCAGGGAUUCCUAA